GAAUUUUUGGCUCAUGGCCUCAGCAACGUGAUUCCUUCAUUUUUCUUUUGCAUACCAAGUGCUGCAGCGAUGGGACGGACGACACUUUUAUACAGUACAGGAGCCAAAACGCAGGUGGCUUGCCUUAUCUCUUGUGUAUUAAUUCUUGUGGUGAUCUAUGCAAUUGGACCUAUGCUGUACUGGCUGCCUAUGUGUGUGCUGGCAAGCAUUAUUGUUGUGGGCUUGAAGGGAAUGCUAAUGCAGUUCCGUGACUUAAAAAAAUAUUGGAAUGUGGAUAAAAUAGACUGGAGCAUAUGGGUUAGUACCUAUGUGCUUACAAUAUGCUUUGCUGCUAACGUGGGACUGUUGUAUGGCAUUGUCUGCACUAUAGUAAUUGUGAUUUUCCGCUUUCCCAGAGCAAAGACACUGAAUUUGAAAAAUGUGAAAGAAGUGGAAUAUAAAUACAAAACAGAAGAUAAUUGU